AUGCAGCUGGAUAAUGUCACCAAUGCGGGCAUCCACUCCUUCCAGGGGCACCGUGGAGUUGCCAACAAGCCCAAUGUGAUCCUGCAGAUAGGGAAAUGCAGGGCAGAAAUGUUGGAGCAUGUCAGGAGGACCCACCGGCACCUCCUGUCUGAGGUCUCCAAGCAGGUGGAGCGCGAGCUGAAAGGCUUGCAGAAAUCAGUGGGGAAGUUAGAGAAUAACUUGGAGGACCAUGUCCCAACUGAUAACCAAAGAUGGAAGAAGUCCAUCAAGGCCUGCCUGGCCAGGUGCCAGGAGACCAUUGCCCAUCUGGAGAGGUGGGUCAAGAGAGAGAUGAAUGUUUGGAAGGAGGUAUUUUUCCGUCUGGAGAAGUGGGCGGACCGCCUGGAGUCCAUGGGAGGCAAAUAUUGUCCUGGGGACCAUGGCAAGCAGACUGUGUCCGUUGGGGUGGGAGGCCCAGAGAUAAGGCCAAGUGAGGGGGAGAUUUAUGACUAUGCCCUUGAUAUGAGCCAAAUGUAUGCGCUGACCCCUCCUCCCGGGGAGGUGCCCAGCAUCCCCCAGGCCCAUGAUUCCUACCAGUGGGUCUCUGUGUCAGAGGAUGCUCCAGCCUCCCCAGUGGAGACCCAGGUCUUUGAGGAUCCCCGGGAGUUUUUGAGCCACUUGGAGGAAUACUUAAAGCAGGUGGGUGGAACAGAGGAGUACUGGCUGUCUCAGAUUCAAAACCACAUGAACGGCCCAGCUAAAAAGUGGUGGGAAUACAAGCAGGAUUCUGUCAAGAACUGGGUCGAGUUCAAGAAGGAGUUCCUGCAGUACAGCGAGGGAACUCUGACUAGGGAUGCUAUCAAAAGGGAGCUGGAUUUGCCCCAGAAAGAGGGGGAGCCUCUGGACCAGUUCCUUUGGCGCAAGAGAGACCUGUACCAGACCCUCUAUGUUGAUGCAGAUGAGGAGGAAAUUAUCCAGUAUGUGGUAGGCACCCUCCAGCCCAAACUGAAGCGCUUCUUGAGUUACCCCUUGCCCAAGACCUUAGAGCAGCUGAUCCAAAGAGGGAAGGAAGUCCAGGGCAACAUGGACCACUCUGAGGAGCCCAGCCCACAGAGGACCCCUGAGAUUCAGUCAGGAGAUUCUGUGGAGAGUGUGCCUCCCUCAACUACUGCCAGUCCCGUGCCAAGCAAUGGGACUCAACCUGAGCCCCCUAGCCCACCAGCUACCGUCAUAUGA